AUGACAGAACCCAUCGUUCUCGAGCCAGACGAACCAGGACCUGACGAUGCCGCGGGGGAGGGUGCCGAGGGUACUGGGGAGCCAGACUUGGCUGCAGAAGGAGCCGGUGAUGCGGGGGCAAUGGAUGCUGAGGGAGCUGAGCCAACAGCCACGGGGGAGUCAAUUUCAGGACCUGGGGAAGCAGCAGAGGAGGCUUCCUCAGAGGCGCAAGAGCCAGCACUGGCAGAGUCGAAUGGCGCAGGACCAGAAGAGGCUGCGGAAAUGGAUUGCACCGAGGGAGCUGAGGAGCCCGCAGCCGUCGCAGAGCCGAGUGGCGCAGGAUCCGGUGACGCUGGAGCAGAGGAGCCAGCCAACACGGUGACCACAGAGAGCACGAACAUUGACGGCGACAGUGGUGAAUCUCAAGGCACUGCCCUGCAAAGCUCCUCAGCAGAGCUCUGGGAGUUGGUUGUCUGA